UUGUCCACGCAAGUCCAUCAAUACCGUCGAAAAGUUAGCGCUCGUCUGAACACAUAAAUUGUUAUCGAUUAAAAGCUCGUUUUUAUUUAAUUUUGUUUUGGUAUUGUGUGAGCUUGUUUUCAGGGCUAGUGUUAAUUUAAUUUAAAAUAAUAAUAAUUACUCAUCUUAAGCUUUGGUUAUUUACUUAAAAGUUGACAUGUGUAACCCGAACGAUCCGGGUUAAGUGUGAGAACCAAAAUGGACGGUGUUUUAUCCACACCGUGUCCUUUGAUUUGAAAUACCCUUACAUGGGACUAUGGGAAUUUGUCUGGACACAGACAAAAACCCUGAUGAUAAUAAUUAUAAUAAUAGUUCAAAGGGUAGAACAAAUUGGGAUCGUAAUGAGAUCAAUGUUGGUUAUGGAAAUGAUUUUGAAAUGUUCUCACAAACAAACGGUCAUGUUAAAUUUGACUCACCGAAAGUUCCAAUUAUUUUUGUUCUUGGAGGACCUGGCAGUGGGAAGGUGACACAUUGUGACAAUUUGAUGACAGAAAAAAGAGGAAUUGUACAUAUAAAUAUGACAGAUCUACUUCAACAGUACACCGUUGGAAAUGACAUGGAAGAUUUCAGCAAGUUGUCGAGUAAUACCGUAACAGAAGUGCUCAUGUUGGAAUUAAAAAUGUCUCCAGCUGCCAAAACAUUUUUAAUAUCAGGGUUUCCUAGAAAUAUGCGUGACGUCGUAGAAUAUACGCAAAAGAUUAAAUCAGUAAAUGGUGUAAUUUUGAUUGCGUGGAGUCAGAGUGUUUUGGAACGACAAAUUGAUUAUGGUGCCAAACUAGGUCAUGUAGUUUUAAGUCUUGCAAGAAUGGAGUUGAAUAAUUUUUACAAGAAUGUAACUCCAGUAUCAGAAUAUUAUGAUCAAAGAGGGAUGUUGAUAUCAGUUAACGGCGAAAGAAGUCCUUCUGAAGUUUAUAACGAUUUUCGCUCAUCGGUGCUACAAAUUUUAAGUGCACAUAGAUUUAAUGAAACCUCACCUCCGGCAUUGUCUAAUGGUCAUAUACCAAACCAUCAAAACAUAGCCUCAAAUAGAAAUGCUGAAGAAGUUUUAACACGGGAGACUGUUAUUGAACCCAAUGAUAGUCAUCAUUUAAAACAUUCAAAUUAUCCAAAAGUAAUUUGUGUCGUUGGUGGCCCUGGUAGUAAUAAGAGUUCAUUGUGCCAAAAGGUUCUUAGAGCCAAUCCUGGUUGGGGACAUGUUAGUAUGGGUCCUACACUCAGAUCAUUGGCGUCAGCCAAAAUUGAAAACGAUCCUGUACAAAAAGCUAUUAGUAAUGGUCAAUUAGUUAAUAAGGAAUUUGUUUGUGAAAUUUUGAAUUUUGAAUUAUCAAGGUAUACAAUUUCUGAAGGGGUUGUUAUUGAUGGUUUUCCCAGAACAAUAAAUCAGCUCAACUAUUUCGAAAAAGAGUAUGCUCAACAACCAAUAUUGAUACUUUUGGAUUGCUCAAAGUUACAGUUAGGUCGAGGUAGAUUAGAUGAUAGUGUUUUAGCUUUUCGACGUCGUCUUGAAAAUUUUCGUGAAGAAACAUUGCCUAUGCUCAAACAACUCGAUGAAAAUAAUCGCUUGAUUGUGGUGGACGGUAAUACCGAUGAGAGAGAUAUCCAAGAAAAAUUCUUUACAGCUCUUGUGAAUACUAUGAAAAAGGAAAUCAACAAUACAUUUCAUCAAGUCGUAGAUAUAGAUGGCACAGAACUACAAGAUUUAGAGAAUAAUGCAGUUCCUCCUGUCGAAGAUGUUUCGCGGAUAGUUGUAGGGUCAGCUGUACCUCAUCAAAAUGGUUUUCUUCCUAACAAUCAACCUAACAACACUGAACAACUGUCACAGCAUGGUCAAGCCAUUCGAACAAUGUAUGCUCAAAUAGGGACAUACCCUAAAGAAAAUGUAUUUUAGUAGCUAAGCGAAUUAAUUUAAUUUUACUAUAAUAAAUUUCCUCGUGUGUAAUCAAUAAAAUUAAAACUAUUUGAUUCAAAUAGAACUGAUGUUUUUAGUUGAUUGGAAUAUAAAUAAUUUUUUGUGCAUAAUUAUUUCCACGCACUUUACCUGCAAAUAUUUACCAUUGUGAUAAUUUAUAUUUUGAGAUAUCUUACCAGUGUAAAAAAAUAAUAACUAAGUCAAGUAACUAAGAAUAAAUU